GGUUAGGUAUCGAGGAGUUAGAUGCAGAUUGUAAAUAGUGAAGUGCGUUAAGGAACGUAAAUGUUGAGAGUUUAUUGUUGCAAGAUGUUUUAGUGAUACGAAGAAUGUUUUGAUUAUGGGUAGCAAUUUGCGUUACUGGUAAUAGGAAUUACAGUUGCUCGACUUAACCUCAAGGUAUUCGCAAUAACUUUUGGAGAAUGGCGACACGUGUUGCAAAUGUUUUGUUAACAUUUGUACGUGGUCAACGACAUUAUACAAAAGCUUGGCUCAAAGAUGCCGUCAGAUACGGAAAUGUCAAAUUUCAUCCACGCACGAAUAAUCACGUAGAUCCCCCGAUUACACCUUCGAAAGUGUUUAUGGUUCUGAGAGUGAAACCUUUCAAAGGCAAUCCUUAUUGGGAAAAGAAUGUACUUGAAGAAUUAGGAUUCGAGGAAGGAGUACGUGAUCCGGUGUUUGUAAAAAAUACGCCGGAAAUGUGUGCCCUGCUUUGGAAAGUUAAACAUUUAAUUAAAAUUUGCCCGUUACAAUUACCCGAAAAGUUACCAGAAUUCAACGAAUCCACGGAAUACUACGUCCACGAGUCUGGGAAGAUUCAUGUCACUGGAAAAAUUGACCCUGCACGUUACGAAGCUACAAUGGCGUACUUUAAUUCCGUAAAACGACUGAAGGAUCACGUUAUAGGGGAGAAGCUUAAACUUCUGUGGUUAAAGGGAUAUCUCAUAUGAAAUAAUCAAUAUUAAAAUUGUUACUGUAAGAUAGACAAUGAACAA